GCUGACCACAUUGGCCCCCACAUCGACCACUCCCUCAAGAACAAGACGCCAUGGUCAACCUCCGUUCACAAAAGCGGCUCGCCGCAUCCGUCGCUGGCGUCGGCAAGCGCAAAAUUUGGCUCGACCCCUCCGAACAGGCAGAGAUCGGUAACGCCAACUCGCGCUCGCACGUCAAGAAACUCAUCAAAGAUGGACGGGUCAUCGUCAAACCCACCAUCAUACAUUCCCGUGCACGCACGCGCGAUCUCCUCGCUGCCAAACGCAAGGGUCGUCACACUGGGCCUGGUAAAAGAAAGGGUACCGCUGAGGCCAGAAUGCCCACAAAGGUCCAGUGGAUGCGGAGACAACGGGUCUUGCGCCGCCUGUUGAGAAAGUACAGAGAGGCAGGCAAGAUUGACAAGCACUUGUACCACUCCCUCUACCAAAAAUCGAAGGGUAAUGUUUUCAAGAACAAGCGUGUGCUCAUGGAGUACAUCCACAAGGCCAAGGCCGAGAAGAACCGUACCAAGGUCCUCAGCGACCAGAUGGAGGCUCGCCGUGUCAAGAACAAGGCUGCUCGCCAACGUCGGGCAGAGCGUGUCGCCGAGAAGCGACAGGGAUUCUUGGCUGUCGAGCAGGAAGCACCAGUCAAGGAGUAAAUGGUCAAGCAGUGUUAAUGAUUUCCGCUCGGUCCCUUGCUCUUUGUAUCCCAUAUGCUAUGCAUGCAUGCUCCCACUUAUACACUACGCCAGGUUUCAUCAUGCAACAUCUCAUCUGUAUUUCUUUCUCUAACCCUAAGGAUUGAGGUUACGCAACGAAUUCGCUAUGAAACGAGACGUUAUUUUGAUGAUUCCUUGAUCAG